GGGGGGCUUACACCCUUGGGUGACUUAACGUGCCCCUUGCCCACCCUGCCCAAGACCCACCACUUCUGCCCCCCUCAGCUCUCCCUGGAUCCACUGGGUCCCGAGUGGGACUGCCCCCUGGGCUCCAAGGACCUGGAGGAAGAGGAGGGCCCAUGGGGAGGGGGCUCUGGCCUGCCGCCCCCAGGCUGCUUCCCUGGCUCCUGGCGCCAUGACGUGGGCCUGGACUGCAAGGGCUCCCCCGAGGUGGCGGAGGCCCAGGCCUGGACUGUCUACUACUACAGCCUCCUGCAGAGCUGUCUGCAGCAAGCUGGCCUACCGGAGACCCAGGACCGCAGCCAGGUGCCCCGCACAGGCUGCCCUGGGGCCGAGGUGACCUUGUGCAUUCUAGGAUCCCCCAGCACCUUCCUGUCCGUGCUGUUGGAGGGUGGGGUCCAGAGCCCGGGAAACAUGCUCCUUUGCCUGUCCCCUGCUUGGCUGACGAAGGUGCCAGCACCAGAGCAGCCAGGCGAGGCGGCCCUGCUGGUGUCCAAAGCCGUGAGCUUCCACCCGGGGGGCCUGACAUUCCUGGAUGACUUUGUCCCCCCACGCCGUGCCACCUACUUCCUGGCGGGCCUGGGGCUGGGGUCCUGCCGGGAUCGAGAGGCGGCAGAGCUUGCUCGCGACCUGACCUGCCCCACGGGAGCCUCUGCUGAGCUGGCCCGGCUGCUGGAGGACCGGCUGCUGACGAGGCGAUUGCUGGCUCAGCAGGGUGGUGUGGUCGUGCCAGCUACCCUGGCUUUCACCUACAAGCCACCGGUACUGCUACGGGGAGGGGAUGCCAGCCCAGGACUACGGCUGGUGGAGCUGAGUGGCAAAGAGGGCCAGGAGAUGCUGGUGAAGGAGGAAGUAGGGGCCUUUCUGCUCUCCGAGGCCCUGGGUGAUGCUCUGAAGGUGGCCGUGAAGCUCAGCGGCUGGCGCUGGCGGGGGCGGCAGGCAUUGCGUUUGUACCCACGAGCAGAGCUAGGUACAGUAGUGGACACGGUGCUGGCGUUGCUGGAGAAACUGGAGGAGGAGGAGAGUGUCCUGGUGGAGGCUGUGUGCCCACCUGCCCGGCUGCCCUUCCUAGGUAGUCCCCCACCCGGCCCUGAGCUGGCUGUGCGUAUGUGUGCUGUGGUGUGUCGGACACAGGGCGACAGGCCCCUGCUGAGCAAGGUGGUGUGCGGCGUGGGCCGUGGGGACCGGCCUCUGCGGCACCAGAGCUCCUUGCCGCUGACGCUGGAGGUGGCGCUGGCCCAGUGCGGCCUGGGCGAGGCGGCGCAGGUGGCGGUCGUGCGGCGGCGCGUCAAGGCGGCGGCCGAGGCCGCGCUGGCCGCCGUGCUGGCCCUGGAGACCGGCCUGAGCGCCGAGCAGCGCGGCGGGCGCCGGGUCCGCACUGACUUCCUCGGCGUGGACUUCGCGCUGACGGUGGCCAGUGGCGCGCUGACCCCCGUGGCCCUGGAGCUGAACGGCUGCUUGUGUCUGGAGGCGUGCGGCGCGCUCGAAGGACUGUGGGCCGCGCCGCGCCGGGGGCCGGCGGCCGAGGCGGCGGCGGCCGCGCCGCUCGUGGAGACCAUGCUGCGGCGUUCGGCGCGCUGCCUCAUGGAGGGAAAGCAGCUGCUGCUGAUCGGCGCGGGCGGCGUCAGCAAGAAGUUCGUGUGGGAGGCGGCGCGCGACUACGGGCUCAAGCUGCACCUGGUGGAGUCAGACCCCAACCACUUUGCGUCCCAGCUGGUGCAGACCUUCAUCCACUUUGAUGUGACAGAGCACCAGAGGGACGAGGAGAAUGCACGGUUGCUGGCGGAGCUGGUGCGGGCACGCGGCCUGCAGCUAGAUGGCUGCUUCUCCUAUUGGGACGAUUGCCUGGUGCUCACAGCCUUGCUCUGCCAGGAGCUGGGUCUGCCCUGCAACCCCCCGGCCACCAUGCGCCUGGCCAAGCAGAAGAGCCGCACCCAGCUGCACCUGUUGCGCCGCCACGGCCCGCCCUGGCCUGCACCCUCCCUCCAUGCUGUGCCCUGCUGCCCCCUGGAGAGUGAGGCCGAUGUGGAGAGGGCCAUCCGCCAGGUGCCCCUGCCGGGUGUCAUGAAGCUGGAGUUUGGGGCAGGCGCAGUGGGCGUGCGGCUGGUGGAGGAUGCCCCGCAGUGCCACGAGCACUUUUCCAGGAUCGCCCGUGACUUGCAGGGUGAGGCCGACCACCCCGGCAUUGGGCUGGGCUGGGGCAAUGCCAUGCUGCUGAUGGAGUUCGUCGAGGGCACCGAGCACGAUGUGGACCUGGUGUUGUUUGGUGGGCGACUGCUGGGUGCCUUUGUCUCUGACAAUGGCCCCACGAGGCUGCCUGGCUUCACUGAGACGGCAGCCUGCAUGCCCACUGGGCUGGCACCGGAGCAGGAGGCGCAGCUGGUGCAGGCAGCCUUCCGCUGUUGCCUGGGCUGUGGGCUGCUGGAUGGGGUCUUCAACGUGGAGCUCAAGAUGACCAGGGCUGGGCCGCGGCUCAUCGAGAUCAACCCCCGCAUGGGCGGCUUCUACCUGCGAGACUGGAUCCUGGAGCUCUAUGGUGUGGACCUGCUCCUGGCUGCUGCUAUGGUGGCCUGUGGCCUUCGGCCCGCCUUGCCCACCCACCCACGCGCCCGUGGCCACCUGGUGGGUGUCAUGUGCCUGGUGUCCCAGCACCUGCAGGCGCUGAGUUCCACUGCAAGCCGAGAGACCCUACAGGCUCUUCACGAGCGGGGCUUGCUGCGCUUCAAUCAGCUGGAGGAGGCCCUGGUACCCGGGGAGUACGAGGAGCCCUACUGCAGUGUGGCCUGUGCUGGGCCCACCCCGGCCGAGGCCCGCGUCCGCCUGCUGGGCCUCUGCCAGGGCCUGGGCAUCGACGGGCCCCACUAUCCUGUCGCCCACUUCCUGUCCCACUUCAAAUAGCGCUGGGGCCAGGGGGCAGGGGCGAAGUGCUGGUGGGGCACUGUGCUGCCCUCUGCUCCACAGUGCUCUCCCUGCCUCUCUUCCAGAGCCCUGGCCCACUCCAAGGCCUCAGGUCUGUUCCAGAGGGCCAGGGCGGUUUUGACACCAAGGCCUCCUGGGCUUCAAGGCUGCAAAAGAAAGUAUCUGGGGGGUCGCUGGGCCCUCUUGCCCUCCCAAAGGCCCCAGUCCAGCCCACAGCUGCCCCAGGACUCUAGCUGUGGAGAAGUGACAACAGCUGCACGCACA